GCCAACUUCCGUUUCCAGCAAGUUCUCUGCCUCCGCGAAUAAAUGCUCGAGCACGGCCGGCGGGGCUGCGGGAGGUAGACACUUCUAGAAGCAACGUGUGUUCAUUCACCGGCAAGCAGAGUCGAGCGCCGCUCCUUUUUUUUUUUUUUUUUAAAUAAUAAAAAACAGCAGCUAAGAUGGCCAAAUGGGGAGAAGGCGACCCUCGCUGGAUCGUAGAAGAGCGAGCCGACGCUACAAAUGUCAACAACUGGCACUGGACGGAACGGGAUGCCACAAGCUGGUCGUCCGACAAAUUGAAAAGCCUCCUUCUGGGGCUGUGCGUGGAGAACGAGGAGGGCUGCUGCGAGGUCUCUGAGGUCAGCAAGUUGGAAGGCGAGGCGUCGAUCAACAACCGCAAAGGGAAACUUAUUUUCUUCUACGAGUGGAACAUGAAGGCAACUUGGACCGGAAAGUCAAAAUCAGGAAUCAAAUACAAAGGGACCAUCGAGAUUCCCAACCUGUCCGACGAGAACGACAUGGAGGAUCUGGAUAUCAGCAUCUCACUCAACAAAGAUGAACCGGAGACGCCGCUGGUCCAGCUGAUGAAGUCCAAAGGAUCCGAGAAGAUCCGCAUGGCCCUAGGAAGCUAUGUGGACUAUCUAAAAACAGAGUUUACCCAGGGGAUGAUCCUGCCCACUGCGAACGGCAUGGUGCAGCUGCAGUCCACCUCGCAGUCCAAAUGCAAGGCGGACAAAACCCAGAUUUCAUCAUCAAGCAGCACUGCGGCGCCGGUCCACACAGGCGUGAAGAUCCCCACAUGCAAGUUCAGCAUAAGGGAGACGUUUCUCACGUCGCCCGCAGACCUCUACAGAGUCUUUGUCAACAAGGAGAUGACUCAAGCGUUCACACACGCUCCAGCGAUGGUGGACGCAGAGAAGGGCGGCAAAUUCCGUCUUCUCGAUGGAAAUGUUUUGGGGGAAUUCACUGAACUGGUACCUGAUGAGAAGAUAGUGAUGAAGUGGAGGUACAACAAUUGGCCCUGCGAGCAUUACGCCACCGUCACGCUGCACUUCGGCGACCGCAGCAGCGAGACGGAGCUGAAGGUGGACUGUCGAGGCGUCCCCGACAACGACGAGGAGCGUACGAAAGAUGGCUGGAAGAGAUACUACUUUGAAGCCAUCAAACAGACUUUUGGCUACGGGGCGCGGCUCUUCUGAAACCUCUCUUCGGCUUUUAGAUCAUCCUCAUCAUCCUCCACGAGGCUCAUCUGUGUGCAAAUGUUUUCAUAUUUAAUUCCCAAGUUUGUUUUUAGUUGCCUCUCUUCAGUAUUCGGUCCAAUUUAAAAGGAGCAAAGUGGGCGGCGCCUAUGUGAGAAGAACCACUAAUUGGCCUCCACAGCGAUGUGAUUGCAGAACUGAAAAACUAAAUAAAUGUUGGUUUGCCGUUAAUUUCACAAACUGCUGCGAAACUGAAUGUUGUUGUUUUUUUUUUACUCCAGGAUGCAACUGUAGCGCCGAUGUAUGCACGACAGCACCUGCGCAUCCGCCUUUUCAUGCAAACAUCUCGCCAAGCUCCUCCCCCGCGUCCUGCACAAAUGUUUCUUCUCUAGGUUUUAGCGCUCCUAUUUAUAUCCCCGUGUAAAAAGUCACCUUUAUUGGAAUAAAAGACAUCACCGCA